GCCGGUUCCUCGGGCCGGCCUGGCGUGUUGGGCCUCGCGGUGUCCAUGGUGACCGCAGCCGCCGGCCAGCGCUGGGUCUCGUGGUGCGGGGCCAGCCGGCAUGUACGACCGGGCUCCGCGGGGGCUCACUCGGCCCGCGGCCGGCACCGAGGCUCAUGUGGGGCCCGGUUCCUACCAGCUGCAGCCCGGGAACCAGCAGAAAGCAGAUGGCUAUGCUCCAUUUCUUUCUUUGACAACUCGAGACUCUGCAUUUACUAUUCCAAAUGCUGAGAUUGAUGUUCCAGGACCAGGACGCUAUGAUAUUUCCAAAGUGCAGAAUAAUAUAAAAGGUGGUAAGAGUCCACAGAACAAAGAAAAACGUUUCAAGGAGAUCAGUACAGACACUCCAGGACCUGGAAGCUAUAACCAACCUCCUGCAGUGGAGUUAGAGAUUAAUAACAGGAAGCAGAAAGAGCCUAAAGAACAUAUUCAACUGAGGACUGCUGGCAGUAUAAAAGUGUACCGAAAAGUGGAUGGUCCCUCUAUCCCUUCUCCAGGCAAAGCAUUUGGGUAUGAAGAAGCUGAGGAUGGCACUCUUAUUAAACAAUACCCACCUCAAAGAGAUGUGACAUUAGGCCCAGCAUACUAUCAACCAGUAAUUAAUGGUACGUAUUCUGCCAUGAAGUAUAAAGGAGUACAUUUUGGUAAUUUAACAGGAAAACGUAGUGAAUUUAAGGCUCAAGCAGGGCCUGGACCUGGAGAGUAUGACACAACUCAGGAAAGUGCACUGCAUUAUUGGAAUGUCAACAUCAAAAAGGAAGACAAGAAAAAAUAUGAACCCUAUGUCCCACGGUAUCAUGAAGUAAUAGUAUUACAGGAAGAAAAGAAGGGUGUUCCAGGACCUGGACAAUAUGAAAUAAAAAGUCAGUUUCAGAAGGUGGAGAAUAUAGCACAGAAUGGAAAUGAAGUUCCACGUGCUCCUUUUCUUUCACAGUCCAAAAGGUUUGUACAUGUGAAAUCAAUCACCCCAGCUCCUGGUACAUAUAAUGAACCACGCUCAGCUCUUGAAUCCUUGAAUAAAACAUCAGGAAUGAAAAAGAUCCCAUUUGGUCAAACUACAGUUCGGUUCACUCAAGACUCCAGGCUAGAAAAAACACCAGGUCCAGCUUUCUAUAAUAUUCUCAACUAUAGUAUUGAAAGAGAGAAUUUUAAAAAAGCUUACUUGGAGAGUACAAAGAAAGGAGCAUUUGGAUCUUCAGCACCUCGACCUCUAUAUGUUUUUAAGAGGGGAGCUUUCUGUACUCCUGGACCAGCUGAUUAUCAGGGCAAAAGGAGCACCGAAGAAUCACAUAAACAACAUAAGCAGUUACCUGUUUUCUUGUCAUCAACAGAAAGAACUCCAGUAGUUGCCAUGGAUACAUACUUCCACAUAGUCAUCCAUCUGGCCAGUGGGAAGUACUUGACGUUCACAGUGGGGUCCAACCAUUAUCAAUACAAAAUGGAUUCUCCAUUUCAUGAAAUGCCUGGCAAUAGUGCCUGUACACCUCAGAAGGAAGAACACUGAUGUCUAUCCUUACCUGGAUGAUUGACUGAUCAAGUGCAGAUUCCAGCAGGAGACAAGAGCAAGCCUUCCUCUUCUAAAUGGUAGGCCACAUGAUGGACUAUGAAAAAGAUCAUCUGUUAUGCCAUCACAGAUGAUAGAAUUCAUAGGAGCUCUGAUUGACUCCAGCUCGGAAAGAGUAUACCUUCCCAAUGAAGAUUUCUAUUGAUGCAAUUGCUAGUGUUAACGGGAUAGAGUAAAAGUUGACUAUGGUGUUAUUGCCAUGUCUGGGGCUGCUUGGCCAUAUGUUUGCUUGCAUAUACAUGGCAGUACUUGCCAGACUUCACCUGCGACAUCUUCACCUCUGCCUCAGGUCAGUCGAUUCCCCAGGAAAACAUCAGAUGAACAAGAAGGCUUUGGUCUCACCUCACGUUGUUGCAGAACUAGGAUGGCAAAAGAAACUCAGAAACAUGCAUGGAGGGGUACCACUCUCGGAACUCUCAUUGACAAAAACUUUGUGGAAAUAUCUGGCACAGGUUGAGAAGUCCAUUGGGACCAUCCACAAAUGCAAGAGACUUAGGACCCAGAAGUUAUAAGGUUCCACAUCAAAUUCCUGGUGCUCAGAGCCACUAAAAUAGCCUGCAGAGCCUUCCUCCAUAUUCUUCAAAACUCCACUGUGCAAAUACUGACAGAGGACCCAUCUGCAAUGAAAUACAUAAGAAAACAAGGGGGCACAUAUUCAUCUUCCCUUUGUCUGGAAGCUGUGCCAGAACUUUUGUUCCAAGGGGGCCAUGAACCUGGUGUUGUUUCUAAAAUGCUUUCCUUCUGUAGUGGUCUCAAGGCAUACUAUAUACUUUUUCACCAAUCUCCUUGUUCCUCAGAGUAAUUUUGAAGAUGAGAAGAGACAAAGGCGUGAUCUUUUGGUGGCUCUGUAUGGGCCUACACAGUUUUGGCUGACAGACUUGCUGAACAUUUCUAUUCAGUUCCAGUCUAGCUCCCAGACUGCCUGGACCCCACAGACAAAUAUUCCAUCCAGACCUGAAGUUGCUGCACCUGAUGGCAUCGCUCUUGUCUGGCUAAGUACUACAGACAGAGGCUGCUUCAGGUCCAGGAAAUCCUGUUACAAGGCAGGAAAAUGUCAGCCAGAAGAACCCAUUCAUCUAAAUGGAAGAACUUCUCUCUAUGGGCAGUCCAGCAUGAUCUUCACCUUGUCCCGGCCUUGAUACCUGUUGGACUUACAAUAGAUCUGAGGGAACUGAUGGAGGGACAUGGCUGCCUUGUACUUUAUGGCAGCACACGGAGGCACAUGGCACAUGUAUGGCCCUGAUUUUAAUUAAAAAUAAUUAAAUCUUGUGCACAUGAGGUGCAUGC